AUGAACGCUUUUACCUCAUCAAACAAUAACAGUCACAGUGAGGACUGUUUGACCCUAAAUGUCUGGAGCAAGAAGGCAGACAAUUACACCUUAAAGCCUGUUUUAGUUCAUUUCCAUGGCGGGAGAUGGACGUCCGGAACAACCAAUACUCCUUUUUACCAGGGAGCAAACUUUGCCUAUGCGGAGGAUAUUGUUGUUAUCACUGCGACAUACCGAAUGAAUGUUUUUGGUUUUCCUGGUAUCCCUGGGAAGCAGUCCAAUCUCGGACUUCUCGACCAGCGAAAGGCAUUGGAGUGGGUACGGGACAAUAUUCAGGCAUUCGGCGGUGACCCCAGUCGAAUUGUAAUGUCUGGGCAGUCUUGCGGUGGCGCUGCCGCCGAUUUUUGGGCAUAUUCAUAUCGUGACGACCCUGUCGUGGCUGGCCUCAUUUCGCAUUCGGGAACGGCCGACAGCUUCCCAGCUAACUCCCCAGAACUAUCCACACAGCACUGGGAGGAACUCACUUCGUUGAUGGGAUGUAAUUCAGGUGAUGUGCUUGGGUGCAUGAAGAGGCAGAGUGCAACAGCAUUAUUAGCUGCAUCGGGCAAGAUCAAGCCUCCUACAACCAGUAGUGCAGCCCGAACGCAGCCCGCCUUCCAGCCCACUGUGGACAAUAUCACGGUUUUCAGUGACUACGGACUGCUUGCAAGGGCAGGAAGAUUUGCACACCUUCCAUAUCUUGCUGGACACAACCACAAUGAGGCUGGUUUCUAUAAGAUCUCAGCGUGGGCCAAAGGAUCUACAUUGCCUGAGUCGGAAUGGCAAGCGUUCAACAAGGAGACCUUCACAUGCCCUACUGAUGAUGCAGUCAUGGCUCGGAUACGCGCGGGUGUUCCUGCCUGGCGCUUCAGUUACUUUGCCGACUGGAACAACACCCGUUUGUACCCAACUAGCGGGGCUUAUCAUGGAGUGGAGUUGAACAUGAUUUUUGGCAACUCUCAAGCCGUAACUAACAUCUCGGAAAGCACCCACCAGGUGAAACUACGCAGAAGGAUGCAGCAUGCUUGGGCUGCCUUCGUCGCUGACCCCCACCACGGUUUGGAGAAACUAGGAUGGCCCCGUUUCUCUCUGACUGGGACUACAUUGAUCGCUUUGGGUGAAGAGAACAAACCAGGUGCAAGAUUUGUAGAUCCCGGCUUAUACAAUGUUGGUUGUUGGAACGACACGGCUUAA